UAUAGUCGAUACAUAAACUCGUUACGAUUUCGCAAAUAAUCGAUAGUAUUUAGUACUUUGAUAAUAUGUUGAUAAAAUAUAAGUGUAAAGCAUACUAGGAAUAUUAUGUUGCGUAUGAUAAGUUUUCGUCGAAUAUUAGAGGCCCCACUCAAACCAAAGGAGUUAUGCAAUUACAGAUUGCUAUCGCCUAUUCACCGUUUCUCCUCAAAUAUACCAAAUCCGGAUCAUAGUAACUUUCAUUUGGAUGGAUCUCGUAGUUUACCUCGUUUAAUGGACUUUCCUGAAACUUUAUGGCCUUCAACAAUCAAUACUUUGAGAAAUUGGAUACUAAUACAAUUUAUAAUUCGCCCUUACUUUGAUCGAGAAUUUACGAUUAAAGACUUCGUGUGUGGUGCAAAGCAUGCUCUUCAGAUUAUUUCAACAAAACUGGUCAAUGGAGAAUUUGAUGCAUUAAACAAUUUCGUCUCCAAAGAGGCCAUCAGUGAGCUAAAACCCACUAUUCAGAAACUAUCCGUAGCUCAAAGAAAACAGUUGCAAAUUAAUAAGACAGAUAUUUACUUCGCUUUCCCUUAUCAAGUCGGUAUAAUAUUUGACGAAGAGGAAGAAAAAGAACAGAAGCGAUGGGUUGAAAUAACAAUGGUUUACCACGUACUUCGAGGCCUUACUGAAAUGCGAAACCGCGGCGAAGAAAUUCCUUGGAAUAUGGGGUCCCUCCCAGAAUAUCAAGAUAAAGUGUUUGUGUGCAACUAUCGCUUUAAAAAGGAAUUUACUAACGACAAUGAGUCAGAUUGGACAGUGAAUGCCUUAAACCAUUUUAAACCAAUUGACUUGGUCAGAGAAAAGUAAGACAUUUUGAAUUUUUAUUGCAGCUUUAAUUUCAAAGGCUAUUUAUUUAUGUAUUUGUUGGAAAUAAAUAUUAAUAUGGCAACACUCUAA